AUAGGUCUGUGUGGCCCUGGGGAUCUGCUGGUACAUACAGGGCUGUGUGGAUCUCCAUAGGAUGGUCAAUAUAGCCGGGGUUAUAUGGCUGGGGGGGUGGGUAAGAAGCUAUAUGGAUUGCAGUAGAAUGGCCCACCUGGGGCUCUAUGACCUGGGGGCAGGGUUGUGCUGGUACAUACUGGGCUAUAUGAAUCUUGGUAGGAUGGUCUGUAUAGGGCUAUAUGUCCUGGGCAGGUGCUGGUCCUAACACGGCUGUAUGGAUGGCAAUAGAAUGGUUUGUAUGGGGCUAUAUGGCCUGGGAUGUGUGUGCACUGGUCCCUGCAGGCUGUAUGGAUGGCAGCAGAAUGGUCUCUAUGGGGCUGUAUAGUUGGGGAUCACAGUCUGUGGGUCCCUGCCUCCCUUCUCUCUGCUCGCCAGCCCCGCUUGUCACUCCCAGGAUGAGCCGGAAGCGGAGGGCAGCCGAGGCGGAGGGCGCGGGCCUGGCACUGGAGCUGCGCUGGGAGUGGCAGGACCCCGGUGGCACCUGGCAUCGCUUCGUGCCUGAGCAGAGCGAGGUGCUGACACAGGCGGCCAGGGCAGGGAAGCCCAGCGUGGCCGUGGGCUCCCGCGUGGACCUGCGGCGGAUGGUGCAGCGGGAUGGACAGACGAGGCAGGACAGAUGCGUGGCAGCCGCUGUCCAGGACCAGGACUCCUGGGGACGAAGAGGGGCAGUGGCUUCCCUACCCUGCCGAUACCUGCCUGGCGCUGGAGCGAGCACGGCGCGGCGACGGGGAGCCCAGCCUAGAGGUGACGUUCAGCCGGACCCGCUACACGUUGGACACAGCACAGAUGACCCAGACCAACGUCAGAACUGGGUACCAGCGCCGGAUGGAGCGGAGGGAGUCAGAUGCUGUGGAUGACGAUGGGGGAUCUGAGCCCAGCUCUGUCCCUGGCUCCUCGUCCCCCCAACGGCCCCCAGCGCCGAAGAGACUCCAGGAGGUGGGGGCCAGCCCCAACCCCAGAGCCGGGGGAGAGAGCACAGAGGUCGUCAAGACCCUGAUUGUGAAGGGGAAGGCGCCGGUGGAUCCCGAGUGCUUGGCUAAACUGGGGAAGGCCCACGUGUACUGCGAAGGGGACGACGUCUACGACGUGAUGCUCAACCAGACCAACCUCCAGUUCAACAACAACAAGUUCUACGUCCUACAGCUGCUGGAGGACGAUGGGCCACGGAGCUACAGCGUCUGGACGCGCUGGGGGCGCGUGGGGCGGCCGGGCCAGCACGCGCUGGUGUCCUGCGCUGGGGACCUCACCCAGGCCAAGCAGAUCUUCACUAAGAAGUUCCUUGACAAGACCAAAAACCACUGGGCCGAGCGGGGCAACUUCCAGAAAGUGCCUGGCAAGUACGACCUGCUGCACAUGGACAGCCGCCCCCCUGCCGCAGAGCCGAGCUGCACAGGGGCCCCCCAGCCCAAACCGGCCUCACGACUGGACCCCCGAGUGCAGGCGCUGCUGGGGCUGAUCUGCGACCUGCAGGCCAUGGAGGAGAUGGUGCUGGAGAUGAAGUAUGACACCAAGAAGGCCCCUCUCGGGAAGCUGACGGUGGAGCAGAUCCGGGCUGGGUUCCAGUCACUGCAGAAGGUGGAGGCGGUUCUGCGGGCCGGGGACACUGGACGGGCCCUGCUGGAAGCCUGCAACGAGUUCUACACCCGUGUGCCCCAUGACUUUGGGCUUCGGACACCCCCAUUGAUCCGGACGUGGCAGGAGCUUCAGGAGAAGGUGCAGCUGCUGGAGGCCCUGGGCGAGAUUCAGAUUGCCGUCAAGCUGGCGCGCUUGGAGCUGCACGGCCAGGAGCACCCGCUGGACCGGAGCUACCGCACGCUGGGCUGUGAGCUCUGCCCCCUGGAGCGGGACUCUGCCCACUUCCAGGUGCUGGAGCGGUACCUGCUCUCCACCCACGCGCCUACCCACCGUGACUACUCCAUGGAGCUGCUGGAGGCUUUCACCUUGCGCCGGGCCGGCGAGCCCCCCUUCCGCGCCAGCCUGCCCAACCGGACGUUGCUGUGGCACGGCUCCCGGCUGGGCAACUGGGUGGGGAUCCUGAGCCAGGGGCUGCGGGUGGCGCCCCCUGAGGCCCCCGUCACCGGCUACAUGUUUGGGAAGGGCAUCUACUUCGCAGACAUGUCGUCCAAGAGCGCCAACUACUGCUUCGCCUCGCGCCAGCGCGACGUGGGGCUGCUGCUGCUGUGCGAGGUGGCGCUGGGCGAGUGCCAGGAGCUGCUGGAGGCGAAUGCCGAGGCCGGGGAGCUGCCGCCCGGGAAGCACAGCACCAAGGGGCUGGGGAAGCUGGCGCCCGCCCCAGCCAAUACCAUCGUGCUGGAGGGGGCCGCAGUGCCGCUGGGCCCGGCCGUGGAGACGGGCGUGAGGAACCCCCACGGCUACACCCUCAACUACAACGAGUUCGUCGUCUACGAGCCGGGCCAGGUGCGGAUGCGCUACCUGCUCCAAGUGCGCUUCAGCUUCGCCCCCCUGUGGUGACACCCCCCCCCGCCCGGCUCCCAGGGAAACGUCCCUCCGGCUUCUUUCUACAGCAAUAAAUUGUACCAGCCCCGGCUGUGCCCUGCUGCA